CGGAACGCUUCCCUUUUCCGGUGCCGACGAGCAGCCCGGCCUGCAGCGGCGGGACGAGCCGGCAGCCCUCACGCUGUCCCGCCGUGGCUCCGGGACACCUCAGCGCGGGCCCUCCCACCGCCAUCUUGUGAAGGCGCUGCCGGGCCGGGCCCGGGAGCGGCGCCUCUCCACGGCGAGGGGCCGGGCUGUGUGGAGCCUCUGCCCGCCACAGUAAGGGCUGGGCGCUGUGCAGCCCUGCCGGCCAUGGUGAGGCGCAGGACGCUGUGGAGCUGGUUCCUGCAGAUCGCCGCGCUACCGUCGGCGGCGGGUUGGUCAGGUGGGACGCCGCAGCCGUUCAGCAGCUCCUGCUGGAGAGCCGCGGAGCCGUGCAAGGGGUGGAGCGGCACCAUGGAGGAGGAGGAGGAGGAGGAGAAGAAGGGGGACGAGACUCCUCAGGGGCGGCAGCAGCAGCCGGGGAGUUCUUCUGAAAAAGAUAUGGAUAAGAACACAGAUGAAGAGCAGCCUUCAACGGCGUGUAACCAGUACCCUAAAGAAGCAGUGAAGAAACGUCAGAACUCAGGCCGUGGUUCCGGGAGCAGUGAUUCUUCCAGGACCUUCAGGAAAAGCUUCAGGCUGGACUACAGGUUAGAAGAGGAUGUAACUAAAUCAAAGAGAGGCAAAGAUGGGAGAUUUGCCAACCCAUGGCCAACAUGGAAAUCGCCAACCUUGCCGAAUGUUUUGAAAUGGUCCCUCAUGGAAAAAAAUAACAGCAAUGUGCCAGGCUCAGAGGAACUCGAUAAAGAGCUUCCAGUGUUGGAACCUUACUUUGUUCAAAAGCCAGAACUUGCUGGGAAGACAGGAGCUGGUAUGCGAGUCACGUGGCUGGGACAUGCCACUGUUAUGGUGGAAAUGGACGAACUUGUACUUCUUACUGACCCAAUCUUCAGCCAGCGAGCAUCCCCCAGUCAGCUGGUGGGUCCCAAGCGCUUCCGAAGGCCUCCGUGCACAGUGGCACAGCUCCCCAAAAUAGAUGCAGUGUUGAUCAGCCACACCCACUACGAUCACUUGGACUACAACACUGUGACGAGUCUGAACGAACGCUUUGGGAGUGAGCUGCGCUGGUUUGUGCCACUGGGGCUCCUGCAGUGGAUGCAGAGAUGUGGCUGUGAGAAUGUCAUUGAACUGGACUGGUGGGAAGAGAACUGUGUCCCUGGUCAUGACGCCGUGACUUUUGUCUUCACCCCUUCGCAACACUGGUGCAAAAGGACUGUGAGAGAUGAUAACAAGGUUCUCUGGGGCAGCUGGUCUGUCUUGGGUCCUUGGAAUAGGUUUUUCUUUGCAGGAGAUACCGGAUAUUGUUUAGCUUUUGAACAGAUAGGUAAAAGGUUUGGACCUUUCGAUCUUGCAGCCAUCCCCAUUGGAGCUUAUGAGCCAAGGUGGUUUAUGAAAUACCAGCAUGUGGAUCCUGAAGAAGCAGUAAGAAUCCAUAUUGACGUUCAAGCAAAGAAGUCAGUAGCAAUUCACUGGGGGACCUUUGCUUUAGCAAAUGAGUAUUACUUAGAUCCUCCGGCUAAACUGAAUGAAGCUCUUGAAAGAUACGGCUUGAAAAAAGAUGACUUCUUCCUCUUAAACCAUGGAGAAUCACGGGACCUGGGUACAAAUGACAUGUUUGAAAACUGAAACCGUAGCAGUUCCUUGUAAGCCCAGUUUGAUCUGAACUAGCAAUUAACAGUACAAAUACUAAUAUGAUGAAUUUACACAGUGCAUUUUUUAGAUUGAAUUGGAUUUCUAGGUGCCAGGUUUUAGAACUAAAACUUGCAUACCAAUUUCAUGGUAAGUUUUUCAGUCUCAGCACUAAAGCUUGCAUACCAAUUUCAUGACAAAUUUACUAGUUAUAUCAUUUAUAAAUUUUGAGAGGUCAUCUAAAAGUGGUUAAUAUAAAAGGUGUUGCCUGGGAUUAACUUGCAGUUUCAACUCUGAUGUGUACCACUGAUAAAAAUUUUUAUUUUUACACUCUUCAUUUUACCUGCAACAGCAAUAAUAACCUCAGCACAGGACAUAUUCUUAGGAUUAAUGGCUGACUUGAAUUAAUCAUUGUUAGACUGUCAUCUCCCACUUGUUAGUCUUCAGGUUCUGCCCUGUACCUUGAUAGCUUCCCUGUAUGUUUUGUGGGGUGGAGUCUUCCAUUACAGCUGUGUUGUUAAAGCACAAGCACAGUACAAUUGUUUUACUGAGUGCUUCUUCAUUUUCAUAUAUCGAUGAACCACAAAAACUGAAUUUUACAGUGAUCAAAGAAAUGUGCCUUUUAAAGAGAGAGAUAAUUUAAUAUUGCACCAUGGAUGUGUAAAACUAACUGCUGGCCAGAGUUAUCUGCACACUUUCAUUGUUUGGUCGAUGUUUUAAGUUAGGUCGAAUGUGUCAAAUGAAGCGCAUGAAAUGGAACAAUCCCUUAAUGGCGCUUGUCUUUGCAUUGACUCAGCCUUUUUCUAAGUUGGUUUUUUUUUCUUUUUAAGUGAAAAGUCUGAAGCAAGGGCUGUGGUAUUUUUUCUUAUAGCUUCCCUAUAAUUUUAAAGUCGAAUGAGAGAUUACAACAUUGUUCAGUAUUAUAAAACUUGGCUAAAUGUGUCUGUAUCAAAUUGCCGUGCUAAUUUACAGAAUUAAAGCCUAUUGUUGCCAAUAAAAAGGGUUGUUAUUCUCCUUCAUAA